AUGGAUUUGUGCGGCCCGUUGACGGGCACCAAGGUACUGGACCUGAGCGAGGAUAUCGCCGGGUCCUUUUGUGCCCGGCUUCUGGCCGAUUACGGCGCCGACGUCCUCAAAAUCGAACCGCCCGGCGGAUCGGCCAUGCGGCGAGUCGGGCCGUUCUACCACGAUGACCCGCACCCGGAGAAGAGCCUUUUCUUCCUCGUCCUCAACCUGAACAAGAAGGGCCUCACCCUGAACCUGGAUUCGGCUGCCGGGCGGCGCAUUCUGAAGGAACUGGUCCCCCACGUCGAUCUGGUCAUCGAGAGCUAUCGGCCCGGCCAUCUGGACGACUUGGGCAUCGGUUAUGCGGCGCUGUCCGCAAUAAAUCCCAACCUGGUGAUGACGUCGAUCACCCCCUUCGGCCAGACCGGCCCUUACAGCCAGUACGCCGGCGAGGAGAUCGUCUCCUACGCCAUGGGCAUGGUGAUGGGAAUCAGCGGGGUGCAGGGACGGCCACCCCUCAAACACGGCGGCUUCCAGGCCCAGUACCAGGGCGGCCUGUUCGGCGCCGGCGCAACCGCCAUGGCGUUGUUCGCCCAGGAUCGCCACGGUACCGGACAGCACGUGGACGUUUCCAUCACCGAGUGCGUCGCCUCCACCAUGAUGGCGACCCAGACCAUCUACCCCUUCAUCGGCGGCGUGCAGGUUCGAAGAGCCCCCGGAACCAUGUGGGAAAACCCGAUGCCCUGCAAGGACGGCUGGAUCAUUGUGCAGGCCGGCGGCGGCGCCACGUGGGACGACAUCGCCGACUUCUUUCAGGCCCCCGAGUUGCUGGAACCCAGGUUCGCCGACCGCGCCCAAAGGGUCCGCAACGGCCCGGCCAUGGACCAGGUGGUGCUGGAUGCCAUCAAGGACCGGGAAAAGUGGGAACUGUUCCCCAAGGCGGCCGAGAAGCGGAUGCUCUUCGGACUGGUGCAAACCCCUACCGAAUUGGCGGACUGCCCGCAGUUGGAGUCCCGCGAGUUUUACCGCGAAACCGAACACCCGGUUAUCGGCCGCGUCCAGGUGCCCGCCGAGCUGUUCCGCAUGACGCCGGCCGGAUACCAACUGCGCAUGGCCGCGCCAACGCUGGGCCAGCAUAACGAAGAAGUCUUUGUCGACGGCCUCGGGUAUGAUCGGGAAACACUGUCGGUCAUGCGGCAGCUGGACGUCAUCUAG